AUGGAGGUGGCUGGGGAUUUGAGUUCAGAGCCACUGGAGGAUGGCGAGGACGACGACGAUGGCGAGCAGGACGAGGAGGUGUCACGCAACAUCGACACGGCGGGUUGUGACUGGGCCGAGAAGUCCCUGGCCGUCGUCCGCUCCCUCCUGGCCGACAGCCCCGAAGCCUCCCUGGAGCUGUAUGCCUUCCACGCCCGGCCGGCCCAGAAACACCUGAGCAUCCGGCUCGACAAGCUGACAGACCCCCGGGGUUCGCCCACCCUGGACGACAUCUCCGACUUCACGCGGGGCCUGACCGCGGGGCUGGAGGAGGCCCUUGGCGAGGAGGUGGCUGCCUCCCUGCAGUACGAGGUAUCCUCGCCGGGCGCGCUGCGAGCGCUGGCCGUCCCGCGUGAGCUGCACCGCUUCCGGGACGCGCCCAUGACGGUGGCGGUGCGCGCCGGGGAAGCCGGGCGGCAGCCGCCGCCCCCCCGCGUCAUGCUGUUCCUGGGCGAGGAGGGCGUCGACACCACCUGGCGCCUGCUGGACGUCCCCGAGAACUGGUCGGCGCUGGGCAAGAAGAAAGGGCAGCGCUUGUCCCGCGCCGACCUGGAGGCCCCCGUGCGCAUCCCCCUGGCCGACUUGGGCGCCGUCCAGUUCUACCUCGACAUCCAGGGACUGUGA